AUGGAGGCUGGCGAGAGCGCUCCUUCCUCGUCCUCUUCUUCCUCUUCUUCGUCUUCUCCCUCUUCUUCCUCUUCCUGCGCCACGGGGUGUUCCUCGCUGAGAGAGGGGGUUGCGGUUCACCCGUCUCAGGUGGCAAAAGCCGCUGCAGAUGUCGAGAUGACAGACCUUUCUCCUCUCCCCUCUUCUUCUUCUUCUCUUCCGGCUGCAUGCGCUUCGGCUCCUGGCUCGUACGGAUCCUCGGUCUCAGAGGAGCAAGCAGAAAGUGGGGGAUCUGAGCCGCAUUGCGCCGGCGCCACAGCAGACAAGCAGGCGUCUCUGGCGAACAGGAGGGAUGUUUCUUCUUCCUCGUCUUCAGACGAGGAAAGCGACGAGGAGGACGCAGGGGAACUGUCCCCGGAACGGAGACACGCAGCGAAGAUGAGGGCCCUGCAAGUGGCCCUGCAGAAGGAGCUUGUGAUCGACGGAGAUGCAGAGAUCGACGACCUUCUCGUCGCUGCUCAUGUCGCGCAGAUUGAGAACCAACUCUUGGAGGCCCAGCAGAAGGCCGGAAAUUUAAGGAAGGAAACAAUUGAGAAGUUGCUCUCCUCGGGGAAAAACACCUCUCUUGCAGAGAGUGCAGCGAACGUCGGCAGCGCAGAGCCAGAAAAACACAAGGAAUCUAAGAUGAACGACGAAGGAGAGGAUGACGACGACGACGAUCAAGACGACCAAGAAUUCGAGGCACUUAUGAAGACUGAGGAACGCUUCCGCCAGCGUCUCCUUCCACAUCCGAAUGCCGCCCCAUCCGUCGCGGAGGCUCUCAUGCGGGCGAAAUCUCCUUCGAGUGCGUCGCCGUCAGCCUCUUUGGCAUCUAACGGACUGCGUGCAGAUGCCCGCGCAUCAAGCGAUCUUGCGGACGGCGGCGCGUCGUCUCCAACUGUCUCUGCCUCAACGGUCGUGGGCGAGGCCGGAGCAGGCAAAGAAGACGCAUGCAGCGCAAUUGGAAACGGAGAGAAAGAAUCGUAUGCAGACAAGCUGAACGGGCUCCUUGCACUCAUUGGAAAGGAAGCAGAGGAUGAAGAAAUCGACGAAGACGAAGAAGACGGUGAAGACACCCCGAAAGGAAAAGACGGCGACAGCCUCGGGAUGUGGACCGGCAUCCACCCCAUCGAGGUCGAAGGCCUCCCGGUUCAAGUUGCUGCAGACUGCGCCGUGCAAGCGUGUGGCGUCGUGCAUGCGUUGGUGGACUCGAUGCUGGUGAUCAAAGGCGACGAGAAUAGCAAUCCGAUGGAUCUCGGCUCGGUUGUCUGUCUGGAAGACAAAACAGUUCUGGGAGCGAUCGCCGACACAUUCGGCCCCGUCGCGGCCCCCUUCUACGUGGUCUACCUCCCGGACGAAGUUCCGGAGAGCCGACAAAAACCCAACUCUUCGUCCGCUCCUUCGGCCUCCUCGUCUGCUUCGGGUUUGCGCGCGCGCUUGUCGGCGGGUGUCCGUGUGUACAGCGACGUGUCGCAUUCCUCCUUUUUGCUGGGACAGCACGGACAGGUGCCGGGGUAUCUCAAGUCGCUACACCGUGUGCGACUGCACUACGCGAGCGGGGAGGAGGAUUUCAGCGAAGACGACGAAGACGACGACCGCAUGUCGUGCGUCUCGGGCGUUUCGUCGCGGUCUUCCGCCUCGCAGCGGAGCAUGCGUGGUCGGCGAGGCCGAGGCUUGAGUGCCUUGCCCUCGCGCAAGGACGGCGACAAGGCCGCUGCGUGUCUCAAGGAGACGUACGAAGAAGCCGGGAAGGAGAUCUCGCCCGAGGAAGAGGCUGCGCUCGAGCUCCAGAAACAGCAGAAAGAGCAACAGCAGAGACUGCGAUCUGAAGCCAUGCUGAGGCAGUUCUCGCACGCGAGAGAUGACCACAAACUCGCCAAGAGUGGCUGCGCGAACAAGCGCGCCUUCGCGGUCCCGGACCCGCCGAGGAGCCGCAGAGACCAGGGCAGCGCGAAGGAGCCGGAGCAAAGGGGCGAGGAGAGGAGACGCAGCGAAGGAGCCCGCAGACCGCACGGAGGCGGAGAGGCCAGAGAAGGGAGUUCCAAGGGGUCUACAGAGAGACGCAGCCGCACUGGACCGACAAGUGCACAUGCACAGGAUCCUGGCAUCCCGCCGCCUCCGGCGUUCGGCUCAAGCGCCGUUCGGGCGGGCAACCGACCGCCGUUCGCGCCGCCUAACUCGGCGGCUGCUCACACCCACGGCUCGUGCGGACCUCCUUCGCCCUUUGGGUAUCCCUCUCGCCCAGCUUUCUCCCCCCCUCCGCCGUCUCCAAACCAUGGACCGUGCUCUCAGGAGGCGGGGAACGUCUCCUGCGCGCCAGGGGCUUUCCCUCACGGGGCCGCGGCCUCUGCCUCGCACAUGCAUCAGACGCAUGCGCCUCCGCAUCUCCACACAGGUUGCUGUCCGACGUACCAGGCGACAGGAGGUUCGCUCGGGAGCUCGGUCGCGAACGCACCCAGCCAGUGCAUGCCUUCGUUUUCGAACUGCGUGCACGCGUGCGCAUGCACACAGACACAAGCUCCCGGCGGAGACGCAUGCAGUUUCCAUGGCGCUCCCACUCUUUCAGGAAGCCCGACGGCGCUCACGAGUCCCAGCCACGGAAUGGGGUGUGCAGGCCAGGCGCCGGCGGGAAGCGCGCCUUCUUUCUGCCCCACGCCUUUCCCUCACCCCGCGCCUGCCGCCCCUGGCUUCGCAAACGCUUUCUCGCAUUCGCACGGCGGGGGGUGUCCAGGCGCAGCGGGGCCUGGGCCCGCGCCGGGUGUCUCUACACCCGAGCACGGCGGCGGGGCAGUCCCGGCUCAGUUCGCCCAGCCCCACGCGUGGUCGGCGCCACAGGCUCUCGCAUCUGCUGCGAAUUGUUUCCAUCACUCCGAACAGCGGGAGCAAAGGGAGGCGAGCCAUGCGGUCGCGUCGCUCCCCCCGUGGGCGCGGACCUGCCAGCCUUGCAGUCCGACUUCAGGUGUCUAUCCACCUCACAGUGUCUCGCAUCCGCUACAGACGCCGUCCAACCCGUCCUUCCCUGCAGGACAAGGGGUGAGGCCGCCUCCGCCGCCACCCUUUCGUUAG